GUUCGGUUGUUUGUCGCUCGUCAAUACACGGCGUCUCAUUCCUGAGUCAUUAAUAAUCCAAUUUGUGAAUUACCAAUUGUAACGAGGAUUUACCCUAACGAGCAUUGUUAUUUAUUUGUCGACAUUGUCAGUAUUUGCUAACCCGGCGUGCCGCGAGCCCGGCUUAGUAAACAAGUUACGUCAAUAGACUGCCACCUAGGCACCAUGCGGUCGGCACUACCAUAUGCCAUCUGAUAUCUCACCGGUAUACACUAAAAUCAUUCAAAAAUACUAUUCUGAACAAUCAAGUGAAUAUUUGAAAGUGUUACCAAUUUACUGUUGUGAAUUACUAGUGUCUAAAUGUUAAUAUAAAAUAGAUGCAACUUGAAAGUGUCUAAAAUGGAUAAAAGAGUGGAUCUUUUGUCUUUAUUGGAGUCGGACACAUGGCCGAGCUCUGACGACUUCCUGGAAAAUAUAUUUUCCUUGGAACAGGGCUCGUUGAACUUCCUCGAGGAGUCUAUGCCUGAUUUUAGCCUAUGUCCGGACAAUGUGCCUGAUAAUGUAUCAGACAACGUGUCGCAGUCGCAGCCUUCAGAAGCACUGAGCAGCUCCUGUUCAGACAGUGGACUGUCCAGUGAUCAGGCCGAAUUUGAUUUCGAGCAACAGUUAUCACCAUUCCUCAUACAAAACUCGUGUGAUGAAGACAUGAACGCCACUGCGGGCCUGGAGCCUACCAGCCCGGGCGAUGCUCAAGAUGUGGUCAUCCAAGAUACGUGUGAUACCUCAAACAGCUCCACCGAGCUUGUUGAAGAGACAUUUGACAUGUUGGACUUCGAGCAAAAUGUAGUACCUGGAUUUAUUAACAGCAAUAGUAAUACAUUCCAAAGCGCUGGUAAACCCGGUAGGAAACGCCGGCUGUCUCAACCACAGGUGGUAGUACAAUCCAAAGUACAAAGGCCUCCAAUAAAGGUGUCUGCGGCGCCGCAGAAGCCUCAACUAGUUGUUAAGGCGCAGCCCCAGAAGCCUUUGAAAGUUGCCAACAUUCAAGUGCUUAAUCCACAAACUAAGGUGUACUCUAAACCAGUAGAAACUGUGGCACCACAACGGAGAGUUAUAAGGGUAGCUCCGAUGGCAGGGAAUCCUCGGUCCAUACUCCUCCCCGUUACAAUUAAAGAUAUGAAAGACCUGAAGUCGAUUAAAAUCAUCAACGCUGCAGAUUUAAAGAAUGCCUCAAACAUUAAACUGGCGGCAGCUAAUUUGUUGUCGCAAAGUAAACUGCAAGAUCUUAAAGUGGAGUCCCGCAAUGAAUACGAGUAUAGGCACAACGUCAGCCAUUGUGAUGAUUCCGGAAGUGAUCGCAGUGAUGAUGACGAACCGGAACAAAGUCAAAUGGGUGACGGUAGGAACGGUUAUCCUCGCCUCGUUUUAACAGCCGAAGAGAGGCGUUUGUUAGCAAAGGAGGGCAUCACCUUGCCUAGUAGUUACCCGUUGACGAAACACGAAGAAAGGGAAUUGAAACGAAUCCGACGCAAGAUCAGAAACAAAAUUUCCGCCCAGGACUCUAGGAAACGCAAGAAGGAAUAUGUUGACGGGCUUGAAGAUAGAGUCAAACAAUGUACAGCGGAAAAUCAGACACUAAUAAGAAGAAUAAAAAUGCUGCAAUCACAAAACCAGUCUUUGUCAGCACAGCUCAAGCGGUUACAGAGCGUGUUAACGGGCGUAACCGGCGGCACAAGUGGCAAAUCCGCGCAGCCGGCCACGUGUCUGCUGGUGUUACUACUGUCAGUAGCGCUGGUGGCGUUACCGUCCAUGCGAGAUGAGAUACGGCCACGGAACGAACAGGUGCCCACCUCACCCGCAAUCACACGAGCACUGCUCUCAGCGACCAACAAACUGGCGCUCGAUGAGACCGUCAUUGACGACGGGGAAUUCAAUAUGGAGGAACUUAUUACGUUCAACCGACCACACUCGGAUCACGAUUAUCAAGUUAUCAAGAAUUUGGAUACACAUAAGGCACUACCUGUAGGUUACGUUGACUUGCCAAUAGACGAGGACUGGCCGCCUAAUUUAAAGAAACGCAUGAAAAAGCUGGAAUUCGAUUACGAUAAUGGAAAGGAUUACUUGCCACCCAUUGUCAAAGAGGAAAACUAUGAAAACUUCCACAAAUUAGAUUCAAAGCUGCGCACCGAGGAUGACGAUUUUAAAAUGGAAAACAAUGCAUUUUUAACUAAUACCCUAAUCUCGACAGGAAGGAAACUAGGGGAGCUACUAGACGCGUUUCCCCCGAUACCUGUUAAAAAUGAAGACCUCGUCAUCGAGGAGAUCUCAGAUUACGACACGAGGAAUAUCACUGAAGUGAAAAGUUUUGUCGUGGAAGGAACAUUAAAUGAGUUUUAAAUAACCGUUUCGCAUAGAUUCUAUAAUUUUUAGUUCUUUAUAUUUUUUAUUGUUAUAUAUUCCUUUGAGAUGACUAUUUUAUUAUUACUUUACAAAUGACAAUUUUAAUAUAAUCAUAAAAUUAUUCAUGCAAUUUUAUUUAUAUAAAAUGCAUCAUGGAAAUCUACUACUGGCACAUAAAUGCAAUAUGUAUAGAUUUUAUUUUGGUGUUGUUAGUGAGAUAGAUGAUGAAUGUUUUUAUAUUAAAUUAGGUUAGAUAUUAUUUCCAGAUACAUUAUUAUGAGUCGUCAGAGAUUGCAUGUAUUGUUGAGUAUUUAUUUGGAACAAUCAAAGUAAUAAUAUAUAUAAUAAUAAUAAUAAUCAAAAAAGUUUAUUUUGCAAUGCUUUGUUACGAUAGUUUAGGUUAAUAUUAUUUUAGGCAGUUUCGUGUUACGACUUACGGUGCAAUUAUUUUGUAAGUGCUGAUAUAUUAAUUGUUAAGUUCAUUAAAUAAUAUAUUGAACAUUUUAAAUUAGUUCCACUUCCAACAAAGAAAGAUUUAUAUUUGUCAUUUGUUAGGUUCGGAACAAUUGACCUCUGGUACAGAUAUCAAUCAGUUCGAAUACACUUUAUAAGUAAACAUUGGUUUUUUAAUUAACCCCACUGAAUCCUUUGGCAAAAAACAUGCCUUAGCAAAAUUGUCUUACAAAUAUUUUGAACUUCCAAAAUAAAUAGAUACAUGCAAUAGCAUUUCGCGUACAUUGAAAUCCGAAUACAACUAUUUCAUCUUUUGUACCAGAACAAUAGGUAAAUAGGCUAAGUCAAAAAGAAUAAAACGAAUAUCUUAUAGUAAGCUUUAUUUAUGUAAUUAUGAGUUAACAAUUUUUUCGAUUUCCGACAGGUUGUGACCUUAACUGAAUAUAACUCGAAUUGCGUAUGCAAAAUUUUUACAACUCUUACAGAAAAAAAUAAACACUGAGAACUGUUUCUAAGAAUAUUAAUAUUUAUACUUACAAUAAGAAUUCAAUUCAGUUUUCAAAGCAUCAUGUAUGUAUGAUACAUAAAGUUAAUUAUAUAUAUUGAAAAACUUCCUCGUGCGUCCACAAGCCCACCGACUGAACAUGACUUACUUAGUAAGUGAAAUUUUAAAUUAUAAUUUAAAUUAACUAUAGGGCAAUACACCCAUGAGUGUCAGACAUCGCUGCUCGGAGGCUUCGCGCUUGACAUUCUACACACCUGAAGCCUUCCCAGUUGAUAUAACAUCCUUUCUAGUUGAAGUUGAAAAAACAAAACAAUAGGUGCAUUAUAACGUUAAUAGUGACAUAUCUACAAUGCUUGUUACAAAUCAAUGCUGAUUGAUAUGAAUGCCAUCUGAUAGUUUUGAUCUAUAGGUACACUUAUCCAUUUUUACAAUGAUCAUGCCAGACCGAUCAACACGAUUUGUAUAGACAUAACUUUAGACAACAAUUUACUUGUUAUAUAUAAUAAA